CAGUUUGCAAGACUGUAGGACUGAUCUAAUCGGAGUUGAGUGCUCGCUAUAAACACAAAUACACGGUGACAAGAGCAUAGUUGUGUGCAAUCGCGAUUGCAAUUAACUAAUAAAUACAAAAAUGUCAUUCACGACAAAUCUAGGAUAUUAUCCGCAAAAGGAGUUGCGUUACACUAAACUAUUACCCUUCAAAGAUCAAUUAGAAAAAGAAUCGUUAGAAUGGCUUGUCAGGAUCAAGGAGAAUCUAGGACGUUCUGUUAUGCUUCGGGAAAUUGAACCAGCAUGUGUAUUUUGGACGAAACAAUUAUAUAUGUAUAUAGAAGUGUAUGGAUUAAUGUUUAGUAAAGAAGAUCAUAUAAUAUUUGCGAAGUUAAUGUAUGAAAUUAUUACUAUACCAAAAGUGAACGCAAGUGUUAUGUUGAAGUGUACUAAGGUGCUUAAAGCCUUACUAAAGAAAGAAGAAUUAAUUAGUCCCGAUGAGUUAGAAAUUCCAUGGAGACCUUUCUAUAAACUGUUAUGUAAAUUUACAGAUCCAGGAAUGUAUUAUUAUAAUCUAAACUUACGUCAGUUCUUAGAUGACAUACGAUACAUAGUAACUUACUUUUCACUGACCGCCACACAAGAAAUAUUAGAUGAAUUAAGACCAACAUUUUGUCCGUUUAAUGCGGCAAUGAGGAAGAGUAUUUAUGUUUUAUCCAUUUUGUUACCAACCAAAUUACGUCCUCAGCAUCAUUCUGUUGGAUAUCUUUUAUGGUUUGAUGAACUUAUGAAUAUGUGGAAAGUAUUCCAUAAUUCGCCAAGCUGGGACAUCAGUAUACUGUACUUAAUGGGACGAUUAGCACGUGACAAUAUCGGUUAUAUUGAUUGGAAUCCGCACUUACCUGUGAUGUUUUCUAGAUUUAUACGAUAUUUAAAUCUACCUGUAAUGUAUAAAAAUGUCUCAGACAAUAGAAAAUCUACCUUUCGUAUAGCGCCGAUAAGUUGGUGGAUAGUAGGAGCCUUGGGAAAUGGUUCAGACGCGCAGAAGUAUUUAAAUAAAUUCUUGAAAACUAUAGAAACCUAUAUUUAUCCAGCAAAUUAUAAGCGUUGGACAAAAAAAUUAACUAAAUUUCUUUCCAUACUUACAGAUGAGUUUCUCAUACGUUUACGCAAAGAAAGAUAUAAUAACCCUACAUGGGAAACUUCAAUUCCAGACAAUUACAAGUUAACUAAUGAUGAUAUCGAUGCUUUUGUUAAGAGUGUAUUGCCAUUGGCUAUGGUAGUUAUGUAUCACGAGCAAACAUUUACCACUGAAUAUACUACUUUGCAAAAUCUAGCUGUGAUAAGACCGAAUUUAGUGAUACCGUAUGUGCUAGAAGAAACAUAUUCCACAUUUACUUCUUUGAUCAAACCACAUAAACUUAUACCUUCGAUAAAGUGCAUGACAUUUCUAGCUCAACAAAUGGUGCAAGGUUCUAGAUAUAUGAAUGGAGAUCACGCCUUUCCAGAAGGACCAACACACGUAAUACCUCUGCUAUUUCAGUCAUUACCCGGAAUCGAUGCAAAUGACUUAAAAAAGUGUUAUGUUACUUUAACGUUUAUAGGUGUAUAUUGUGAGCUUAUUUCUCUUGUGGAUUGCUCACAAUGUACCACCGACAAUACAAUCGAGGAAACAGUAUGCAAAGACACAUCGCGUUUCGAGGACUUU